CUCUCGGACGGGACGACAGAUCUCUCUCCAAGAGAGAAACAACGAGUCUUGAGCCUCAGUUCUGUUCUUCUGGACUUGGAUUGCUGAACUGUGCCUUUCUAUGGCUUCCAUGCCCUUUGAGUCUCAGUCUUCUUCUCCGCCGUCUUCUUCUAGACAUGGAUGGACCCAUGAUGUGUUUAUCAGUUUCAGAGGACCAGAUACUCGCAACGAGUUUACAAAUCACAUUUACACUGCCUUACGUCUCGCAGGGUUCUAUGUCUUUCAGGAAGAUAACGAUCUAACUCUAGAUCAAAAAGAAUUCUCCCAAUUCAUUAAGGCAAUUCAAGAAUCAAGGAUUUCUAUAGUCAUCUUCUCCAAAGGCUAUGCUUCCUCCAGGUGGUGUCUUGAAGAACUCGUCGAGAUUCUCCAGUGCAAACGUACCUCUGGACAUGUUGUUCUUCCAGUUUUCUAUAACUUAGAUUCUUCAGAUGUUUAAGAACAGAAAGGUGUUUUCUCCGAUGCUUUUAACAGACACGAAGAAAUAUUUAAGGACAAAUUGGAGACGGUGAAAAGGUGGAGAGAAGCUUUUGAGGAAGCUGGAAAACUACCUGGAUGGCAUCUCAAGGAUAUGGAAAAUGGACAGAAGAACUGCUGGAUGGUGGAGACAAUUCAUCUAUUACAAAAGAGCUGCUGGAUGAUGGAAACACUUCAUCUAUUGUAAGAGAAAUAAUAGAAUGGACAUUGCCGAUGACAAACUUAAUUCUAGAGAUUCUAUCAGCGGUUUUUGACCAGCUAGGUCAUGCAUUAACUGGGAUGGUGUUGGCAUUUAUAGCUCUGCUUCUUGCUGGCAUUGAAUUUUACACUGCUCGAAAGGAAGCAAGGAAUGAGAAGACCCUAUUGCUCAAUUUUCAUCGCGAUACCUUACCAUCUGGAAGAACUUUUGGCACUAUUGCUGAGGUUUUUGGAUUGUUUGGUGCAGUUUGGCAAUGUUUUUACUCAACAGUAGAGUAUGUAUAUGCUCGUCAAAAGAAAGAUAAUCCCAUCAAAAUAUGUCUUCUGCCUUUUAUCUUUGUAGUAUGUGUGUUCGUCUAUAAAUUAACUAAAGAGAGGUAGAAUACAAGGAUGAGACAAAUUAUUGGCACAUCUUCUGCGAUAUUUAUUGAAUUGUUGUUCUGUUUUCAUUUAAGCUUCAGCGAAGGCGAUUCAAGUGAGAAAAUGGCUCAGGAUUUGCUUUAGAAGCAGCUUUAGCAGCCACUUCUGGAACUCCAAAAACAUUCUAA